AUGAGGGCGAGGAGGGUGUGGGGGCUAUUGGACGUGUUUAUGGGUGUGAGAGAGGCCCGGGAUGGGGUUGGUUGGGGUAUGGAACCGGCUUGGUGUGACGAGUCGUUAGGCAUGCUAUCGGGAGGAGGAGAUGGAGGUCUUGGUGAGGGAGAAGUUUUAGGUGUAAGGAAGCUUGUGUAUGGAUGUAAGGUAUGGUUUGUGAGGAGGUGCGGAUGUGGGCGAAAGAGAGAGUUGUGGCGUGAGGGAGCUUAG